UAUCUCCGCAGUGUCCAUACAAGGCUGUCCUAAAGACAACUCUUUCCUCUAUGAGAUUGUUGCCAACAAAAGAGACGGUAUCGAUGUGGAUAAGUGGGACUAUUUUGCCAGGGACUGCUACCAAUCGGGCAUCCAGAACAACUUUGACUAUCGGUGCUUCUUAAAAUCUGUAGUCUGUGAAGUGGAUAGCCAGAAAAACAUCUGCACAAGAGACAAGGUGUGCUGUUGGAACCUGCAGAACUUGGAGAGCAUCAGGACGCUUUGAGAAAUGGCAGCUAUGAGUGACUAUAAGGUGUUUAAUGAUCCCAUCCAUGGCCUUGUGGAGCUGCAUCCGCUCCUCGUCAAGAUCAUCGACACGCCUCAGUUUCAGCGACUUAGAAACAUAAAGCAGCUUGGAGGGACUUCUUAUGUUUACCCUGGAGCAACCCACAGUCGCUUUGAACACAGCAUUGGGGUUGCUUAUUUGGCUGGAGAACUUGUUCAAGCUCUGAUGGAGAACCAGCAAGAACUCAAAAUCACUCUUGCUGAAAAACUUUGUGUGCAGAUUGCUGGACUCUGCCAUGACCUGGGACAUGGACCAUUUUCACAUUUGUACGAUGGGAAAUUUAUACCUGAAAUAAAGCCUAAAUCAGAGGCUAAAUGGAAGCACGAGAUUGCCUCUGUACAAAUGUUUGACCACCUGGUGAAGGUCAAUGAUUUGGAGGAGAACAUCAGGAAUCUAGGCCUAAAACAACCCAAGGAACUAGACAAGAAACCGGAUCAGUUCAACAACCUGGACUUUAUAAAGAAACUGAUCAAUACAGAAUAUGUCAGUGAAACAGAAGAGCUCAUCAGAAGUCAUUUUCAGGACAAGUCCUUCCUCUAUGAAAUCGUGGCCAAUAAAAGGAACGGCAUUGAUGUGGAUAAGUGGGAUUAUUUUGCCAGAGACUGCCAUUAUUUGGGUAUAAAGAACAGCUUUGACUAUCGCCGCUUAAUAUUAUGCGCCAGGGUGUGUAAGGUGGAAGGGAGGACGGAGAUCUGUUUCAGAGACAAGGAAGUGUUCAAUCUGUACGACAUGUUCUACACGAGGUUCUGUCUGCACAAAAGAGCCUACCAGCACAAAGUGGCAAAUGCCGUAGAGUGCAUGAUCACAGAUGCCUUUGUGAAAGCAUAUAAACAUAUUCAAAUCAGAGGCUCUAGGGAGAAAACCUUCAAUCUGUACGAAGCUAAAGAUGACAUGGAGGCCUACACCAAGCUGACAGAUGAUGUAUUUGAACAGAUACUGAACCACCCUAAUCCUAAAGGCUCAAUGGACCUGGAACAGGCAAAGCUAAUAUUGGACCGAAUACAUGGGCGCGACCUCUAUAAGUGUCUAGCAGAAUUUCACACCAAAAAAUUAGAAAUAACAAAGGAGGCCAUCAGAGAUGUAUGGGAGCAGGAAUUGAAGACAGCAUUGGCUGAAAUCCCACAGGAAUGGAAAAAAGAGGACUUUUUGGUUGAUGUAAUUAAACUAGACUAUGGGAUGGAGAAAAAAGACCCAAUACAGCAUGUGCGUUUCUACCGAAAGAAAGAGCCAGAAAAACCCAUCCAAUUCACCAGAGAACCACAAAAUGAAGAAAUACAGGAACCACCAAUUAAACGCAUCAAUUUGACCAGAGAAGUCUCUCACCUUCUUCCAGAAACAUUUGCUGAGAAAACAAUCAGAAUCUACUACAAGGGGACCAAAGCUGAGAUUCUGAAGGCUGCCAAGGACUAUUUUGAAGGAGUCGAUUUCAAGAAAAAAUUUCAACGAUUUCUGAAACAAACCGAAGAAGAAGAUCAAGAAACGCAGGAAGGAGCGGGAGGCACAGCUGAAGUCUCCUCCAAAACCCAGGAGACGUAAUGAUUAUGAAGUUCAUUGAAAUAAACUUGGUAUUUAUGAUUAAGUGCAAAAAACUUGGAUUUUUAAAUUAAAGGGGAAAAGGUGUUUUAUUAAACUUUGAUGUCAAGUGAUGUUUUUCUGUUAAUGAUGGGUGUUGAUCAGUGCAGUUAAUUAUAUGUUUUAAAAUAAAAUGGAAGGAAUCCUCCUGCUGGGAGGUUUUUAAAUUAAAUAAAAGCUUUACAGGACAUUUAAAAUCAUGUAUUUGAUCUAUCCGAUGGGGUUUUAAUUUAAAGCCUAGUUUUGCAAUUCAAGAAACUAAUAUUUCUUAAGCAGUAUAUUUAUUUUCUACCGCUGGUGGGUUUCAGGGUAUGUUUUAAACUUACAGCUUAUACAUAGAAAGUAUUUAAAUGUUUUAGGUGUUAAGAUCAUUUACAGAGAAAGCCCCACCCCCACCCCCUCUUUGGGUUUAGGUAGAAAAUGUUUCAGGUCUGUUUAAUUCUGCAAAUGUAUUUUGGGGUACAAUUUUAAAAACAUAUAUAGUUGUUUUCAUUAAUUUCUUGCAUUUUUAAAUUGUUUUUCGAAGUGGUGAAAAAUGUAAGUCUUAUAGAUUCAAGAAGGUUCUGUUUAAAUAAACUUUGGGAAGCAACCCUGUGAUUUA